UUCUCUGUUUGAUUUUCACUUUCAUUCACUUUUGAAGUAGGUCUUCGAGUGAUUUCCUCUAACGGAGCGUGAGAAUGGAGAACUACGGUCUUCUCUCUCAGAAUAAUGUACCAGUGCCUCUGAAGAGCAUCUCAGUGCAGGUUCGGGUUCAGGAUCAUGUAGCCACAGUCUCCUCCACUCUGCAGUAUGUGAAUGAGGAAGAGCGCCCCCUGGAGGCCUUGUUCGUCUUCCCUCUUCCUGCUGAUGCUGCUGUCUGCCACUUCAGUGCCAAGAUCGGAGAGCAGGAGAUUGUGGCAGAGGUGCAGGACAGAGAAAGCGCGAGGGAUCAGUAUGAUGAUGCUGUGAGUUCGGGUCAGCAGGCGUUUCUGUUGGAAGAGAGCGCAGAGAGUCCUGAUGUGUUCAGACUGAGUGUCGGGUGUCUGUCGGCGGGUCAGAACGCUGCUGUCACCAUCAUCUACAUCACUGAGCUCGCUGUGCAGGCCGACCACUCGCUGCGCUUCUGUCUGCCGGCUGUACUCAACCCUCGAUACACACCAGCAGGUUCAGGUGCUGGUAUCGUCUCAGAGAUUUCAUCAGGAUGUGGAGCUGUUCCCUACACGCUGACUCUCAGUGUCCAUGUGAGCUCUCCAAAGCCCAUCUCCAAACUAGAGUCCAACUGCUCUCUGGAUUCUCUAGUGUUCCUGCAGUCUGAUCACACUCAGGCCACGGUGAAUCUGAGUCCUGGUCACAUGUUUGAUAAGGACUUUGAGCUGUUUGUGUUCUAUCAGGAUACCCAUCAGCCCUCUGCUAUAGUGGAGACAGGAGUGACCACUGCCCUGCCAGGCUCUCUGAUGAGAGACCCAGUGGUCAUGAUAAGUUUGUACCCAGAGUUCCCAGAGGACGUAAAGAAAUCUCAAGGGGAGUUUGUUUUUAUGAUUGACAGAUCAGGCAGUAUGGGCAGCAUGAUGAAUAAUGGGAAAGGAGCAAAGAUGCGCAUUGAAAGUGCAAAAGACACUCUGCUGUUACUGUUGAAGAGUCUUCCCAUGGGAUGCUACUUCAAUAUCUAUGGAUUUGGCUCUCAUUUUGAGUCCUUCUUCCCAAAGAGUGUCGUGUAUAAACAGAAAACUAUGGAUCAGGCUCUGAAGAGAGUGAAGGAAAUGAAAUCAGACAUGGGCGGCACAGAGAUUUUACCGCCUUUAAAACACAUCUACAGUCAGCGCUGUCACUCCAAACACCCCAGACAGCUCUUCGUCUUCACUGAUGGAGAGGUGGGAAACACUAAAAAGGUGCUGGACCUGGUGAAAAGUCACGCUCACUCUCACAGGUGUUUCUCGUUCGGGAUUGGUGAGGGUGCGAGUGCCGCCCUCAUCACAGGAAUGGACAGAGAGGGAUCUGGUCACGCUCAGUUCAUCACAGACACAGACCGCAUGCAGCCCAAAGUGAUGCAGUCGCUCAGGUUUGCUCUGCAACCCGCUGUGGUUAAUAUCUCUGUGGAUUGGACCCUUCCAGAUGGUCUUACUGUUGAAACACUGUCUCCUCCCAUCAAUGUGCUCUUCCAGGGUCAAAGGACACUCAUUUAUGCCCAACUGAAAGGAGAGAGUUCAGGAGGCUCCGAGGGAACAGUGACCGUCAAAUACAGUCUUAAAGAUCAACCAGUAACAAACCAGCUCCACUUCUGCCUCAAACCCACUGAGGAAACUGGGCUGUCCAUCCACCGGCUGGUGGCUCGGACCCUGAUCCGUUCUCUGGAGCAGGAGGAGAGGUCAGGUGUUGCAGAUGUUGAGGGCAUCAGGAGCAGGAUGGUGGAGCUCAGUGUUCAGGCAGGAGUGAGCAGUGUUCAUACAGCCUUCAUUGCUGUUAAUAAAGACAGCAGACAGACUGUGAAAGGACCCCUGCAGCAGAGAAGAGUGCAGACACGCGAUCUGAAUCUCUUCUUACCUUGGCUUUCUCUUCCUGUAGACACAUAUGCUCCUCUGACAGACAUCUCUAAAGAUACUAAGUGUAAGUCACUGGUGGGUGAAAGCUUUUCUUGUUUGCAUAUUUAUUAUUUCUGUUUGUUCACUUUAGUUUAUUUCCUAACAGAUAAAUGUGCUGGCGUAUUUUCAGCAGAUGUAGCAGAUUCCCCAAUGUUUUUACGCUCAAAGGGCCAGGAUUGUUAUUCAGUAUUGAAUCGAGCGCCCAGAAGAAGAAGAGCUGCACCUGAGCCCCAGAAGGACCUGUUACUGCAGCUGGUUUCUCUCCAAAAGGCGUCCGGCUGCUGGGAUCUGGACGCCACACUGGCCGAUGUGUUUGGGAAGACGGAGGAUGAGCUGACCAAUCAGAAGCCAGCACAGGUGGAUGGGUCAGUAUGGGCCACUCUCCUGGCUCUGAUCUGGUUAUACGGCUGUAAAAUAGAGCAGCAGGUGGAGUGGCAGUUUGUGGCCAUGAAGGCAGCGUCAUGGAUCGGCUCUCAGAAAGUGGGUGAUCUGUCUCAGUGUGUGUGUGCGGGGAAUGUCCUGCUCGGAUGUCAGGUGACCAAAGAGACUCUGGGAAUCUGAAGACGUCUGUGUUUCUACAUCCUGAUCCCUCAGAAGACAGAAGAAAAGAAUCUGUUACAUUUACUGUUACUCUGUUACUUGUUUCUUUAACAUUUAUUCUGUAUUAUUUGCUCAAAUCAACCACAAAUUGAAAUUCUAUGUGACCUGCACUAUCAUUUGAGUUUUAUGUAUCAAAGUAAAAAUAGCCUCUGUUUCUUUUCUUUUUUUUUUAUGUUUCCUUUAUAUUAAUUUAAAGGGAAUGCUGUUACUAAAAAUAUUUUGAAUCAACGAUU